AAAUUGAAGAGGUGUAUGUCUUUAUAGACCAUUUUAGAGCCACAACGUUCAGAGAUUAUUUGGCCUUCUAGAAAUGGUUAACGCACCGAGUACAGUGACCGUUCUUUUGCUCGUCUGCGUCGCUGGCGUCGUCGGCGAGGUAACGACAAGGACCGUGAUUCCCCGGAAGUUCAGGUACGAGACGGCAUGCUGGGAUCAGUUUUAUGGAUCGCCGAUGUCCGGCUGGGAUUAUUACAAGGUAACAAGCAAAGAGAAAUGCCAGAUGAAAUGCGUGGACGCUGGGCCCACGUGCGUGGCAUUCUUUUGGCGCCAGACGGCGUCCUGGUGUCGUCUGAACCAGCUGAAGCACGGGAACAGAACGCUGAUCUGCCCUUCAUGGGACCACGUGGUGUACGCUGAGGAGAAACAUUGAACUUCAUUUUCACUUAACCGCAGGCAGUCGUCAUUCAGCGCCUUCAUACAGAAUACUAUGUAAUAUUUUAAGAGGGCGGUUGUGUAAAAUGAAAAAAAAUAUAUAUAUGAAAACGGCGCCUGUGUUAAAUGGACCUGUUCACAGAUUUUCCAUGUCAUAAAGUUUUUCAUUAAAUUGUUUUUAAAUUGAUAAUUGAAAAUAUCGGAACUUAAAAGCGCCAGUAUAAAACAAGAAUAAAAUUAAAGAAAGAAAAAGAAAUCUACACCCGGGCUCGAACCACUGACGCUUUGAAUAAAAUACACACGCGUUUACCCUUCGGAUAUAAUGUUUUUGUACUGUAUUAAAGCAAUCUUCGAUAUGUUACAUACUAUAACAAUAACAAAUGAACAUCUAUCUGAUAUACUGUUUCAGUGAUUGAUACCCAUUUAUUAUUCACUUGCGAUUUCGUUUUGUGCUGUUUUCACUACAAAUGUAAAAAAAAUAAUAAGGUCACUAGAAAUAUUGUUACAUCCUUAAAGCUUCUGUGACCAAUGGGAAAUCUUGCUUCAAACUACUGUCGAGCCCACUUGCGCGCUGAAUCGCUUUCUUUAUGGUCUCCGGAUCACGGACAAGUUCCUGGGCACUUGCACUUAUUGCACUAUCUAACAGAGACGAUUCAAUAGCAGUCCU